GUGUCCAACACAACAAAACAGCAUACAGUGCAGCAAGCAGGCAGCAAGCAGCGCAGUGAGUGCACGGGGAGGAAUAGUGUACAUUGUCAGUAAAAUGUCAAUGUCAAAAUUGCUUUUUCUAUCAAAAAUUGUCUACAUUUCUAUUCAAAUCCAUAGUUUACUGCAUACAUAUGUGUACCUACCUACUCUUACUGAUCUAAUAAAAAUUUUGUUUUAUUAAACCCAAAGAAUAUUAUUGUAUGAACUAGCUGAUUUACGUAGUAACUAAUUGGUAAUCUGUGUAGCUGAUAUAGAAAGGGCCAGGAAGGGCGCGCGGACGCGGAUCAAAUCAAUCAAUGUUAUCGCUUUGUGAACUUACGAAAUAUUUUUGUCACUAGAUAAUAAGUGUAUAUUUAAAAAUGUGGUACCUAAUUCAUUAAAAUUACAUAUAGUUUAAUUUGAGCAUCUACCGCAAACAACUACAACCGCAUCACUAUCUACUAAUUCAUUUCAUUCAUACACAAUGUAUGAUAUUGAAAUAAAUACGGCUGAAAAAGAAUUUUGCAGUUAUGAUUACAGUAAGUUGGAUAAAAUUGACCAAGUGGAUUAUGAUAAAAUCACAUAUGAUUCAUUUUUUACUAAAUACAUGCUUAAAAAUAUUCCUUGCAUUAUUAAAAAUGUAAGCUCAACAUGGGAAUGCAACAGAAAAUGGACUGAAGAUGGAAAAAUUAUAUAUGAUUACUUUAGUGAAACCUAUGGUGACUUGGAAGCACCUAUAGCAGAUUGUGAUAAAAUCAAUUUUAAUUCUCAUUGCAAAACUGACAUGAAAGUUAGUGCAUACAUGACAUAUCUUAAAAGCACAAACAAAGAUAAAUUAUUAUACCUUAAGGAUUGGCAUCUUCAGAGAUUAAGGCCUAGUGAUGCUUUUUAUGAAAUACCAUUAUUAUUUGCCUCUGACUGGCUAAAUGAAUAUGCAGUUGACCAUAGAAGUGAUGACUUCAUGUUUGUUUAUAUAGGCCCUAGAGAAUCAUGGACUCCUCUGCAUGCAGAUGUCUAUAAUUCCUAUAGCUGGUCUGUAAAUGUUGUGGGAAAGAAAAAAUGGAUUCUGUUGCCCCCAGGAGAAGAAGAAAAGCUCAAGGAUGCCUUAGGAAAUUUGCCACUAUUUACUGAUGUAACAAGGAAUGUGAAAUAUUUUGAAAUUAUACAGGAACAAGGUGAUGCUAUAUUUGUACCAUCUGGGUGGUUCCAUCAAGUACUCAACUUAUUAGACACAAUUUCAAUUAACCAUAACUGGAUUAAUGCCUGUAAUAUUGAUCAUGUUUGGGAAGCUUUGCAAUGUAGUUUGACUUCUGUUGAAAAGGAAAUUGAAGAAUUUAGGGAUACACCUGAAUAUUAUUCACAAUGUCAAUUAAUUUUAAAAUCUUUGUUUGGAAUGGACUAUGUAUCAUUCAUAACAUUUUUAAUUUAUAUUUCUAAAAAGAGAUUAAAUCAGAUGGAAGCUAGUAACAAAUUAGAAUUUCAAAAAUUUGAAUUCGGGCAUAAUCAUAAGAGGUUUGACAUUAAAGUUUUAUCAAAAAUAAUUAAUGAUAUAGACAUGAGUCAAGAUUUAUUUUUCAAUAAUUUUUGCCCUGCACACCUUAAAAAUGAUUUUAUGAGUACUAAACUGCUGCUUUCCAGCUUCAAUAACUUCAAAGACUGUGCUAACCAGGGACCUGCUUAGGUAGGUACAUGUAACUAUUAUCAAUUUCGAAAAAUUGUUAGAAUUGUAUAUAAUUCAAUAAAGUUUAAUUCAAGGUGGGAAACUUUUCAUACCGA